AUGAAGCUGCCAGGGCAAGAGGAAUUUGAAGUUUCCAGUGCUCAUGAAAAUGUUCCUGAAGAGGCGCUGGAGAGUGGCCUUGAUUCUGGCCCCAGCCUUGAUGGCCCAUCAGACACAGACAGCAAGGAACUGGGGGUAUUCAAGGACCCACUGCUCUUCAUUCAACUGAAUGAGCUGCUGGGCUGGCCCCAGGCACUGGAGUGGAGAGAGACAGGCAGGUGGCUGCUGUUUGAGGAGAAGCUAGAGGUGGGUGCAGGCCGGUGGAGUGCCCCACAUGUGCCUACCUUGACACUGCCCAGCCUUCAGGAAUUUCGUAGCCUGCUGGCUGAUGGCUUUGUACUGCUGGAUUGUCAGGCUCAGAGCCUCCUGGAGCUUGUGGAGCAGGUAAUCAGGGUGGAGUCACUCAGCCCAGAACUGAGAGGGCAGCUUCAGGCCCUGCUGCUGCAGAGACCAAAGCACCAAAUCCAGACCACAGGCGCCAGGUCUUGCUGGGGGUCUAUCCCUUUAAGAAAUGCUUCUCAUGAUGAGGACACCCCCCUGAAGCCUCAGAGCCCCUUGAGACAGAAGCUGCCUCCAGGAGCUGAGGCAGCAGUGGUGCUGGCAGGAGAGCUGGGUUUCCUGGCACAGCCACUAGGCGCCUUUGUGCGGCUGCGGGAUCCAGUGGUGCUGGGGCCCCUUACUGAGGUGCCCCUGCCCAGCAGGUUCUUCUGCCUCCUGCUGGGUCCUCCCACCCAGGGAAGGAGUUACCAUGAGAUGGGUCGGGCAGCAGCUGUUCUCCUCAGUGAUUGGCGAUUCCAGGGGUCAGUUCGACAGGCCAGCAAUCUACAUGACCUUUUGGCAGCUCUGGAUGCCUUCCUACAGAAGGUGACAGUGCUCCCCCCAGGUCGGUGGGACCCGACAGCGCGGAUUCCCCCGCCCAAACACCUACCCUCUCCGCACAAAAGACACCCCUCGCAACCGCGGGAGGUCAAGUGUCUCUCCCGCCGCCAGAGUGUGGCCCUGGCAGAGGACAGGCACCACCGUGGGCAGCACGCGCCCAGCCUGGAGUUGCAGAGGACCGGCCGGCUGUUUGGGGGUCUCGUCCAGGACGUGCGCCGGAAGGUAUCCUGGUACCCCAGCGAUUUCUCGGACGCCCUGCACCCCCAGUGUUUCUCAGCUGUGCUCUAUAUUUACCUGGCCACAGUCACGAACGCCAUCACUUUCGGGGGUCUGCUGGGAGAUGCCACUGAAGGUGCCCAGGGAGUGCUGGAGAGUUUCCUGGGCACGGCGGUAGCUGGAGCUGCCUUCUGCCUGAUGGCAGGCCAGCCCCUCACCAUCCUCAGCAGCACCGGGCCAGUGCUGGUCUUUGAGCGCCUACUCUUUUCUUUCAGCAGAGAUUACAGUCUGGACUACCUACCUUUCCGCCUGUGGGUAGGCGUCUGGGUGGCCAUAUUUUGCCUAAUGCUGGUAGCCACAGAGGCUAGCUUGCUGGUGCGAUACUUCACCCGCUUCACAGAGGAAGGAUUCUGUGCUCUCAUCAGCCUCAUUUUCAUCUAUGAUGCCCUGGGAAAGAUGCUAAACUUGACCCGUUCCUAUCCCAUCCAAAGGCCAGGGUCUCCUGCCUAUGGUUGCUUCUGCCAAUACCCAGACCCAGGAGGAAAUGAGUCUCAGUGGACACGAACAAAACCAAAAGACAGAGAAGACAUCUUAAGUGUGCACCUAGGCCUGGUCAAUGCAUCCUUGCUGCCUCCAGCUGAGUGUGCCCAGCAAGGAGGCCACCCUCGUGGCCCCAGCUGUCAUACAGUCCCAGACAUCGCCUUCUUCUCUCUUCUCCUCUUCCUUACCUCCUUCCUUUGUGCCAUGGCUCUCAAACAUGUAAAGAACAGCCGCCUCUUCCCUUCUGUGGUGCGCAAGGUGUUCAGCGACUUCUCCUCAGUCCUGGCUAUCCUGCUGGGCUGUGGCCUUGAUGCCUUUCUGGGGCUAGCCACACCGAAGCUCUUGGUGCCCACAGAAUUCAAGCCUACACUUGCUGGGCGUAGCUGGCUGGUGUCUCCUUUCGGAGCUAACCCCUGGUGGUUGAGUGUGGCAGCUGCCUUGCCUGCCCUGUUGCUGUCUAUCCUCAUUUUCAUGGACCAGCAGAUCACAGCAGUCAUCCUCAACCGUGCAGAAUACAAACUGCAGAAGGGAGCUGGCUUCCACCUGGACCUCUUCUGUGUGGCUGUGUUGAUGCUGCUCACCUCAGCACUUGGGCUGCCCUGGUAUGUCUCAGCCACUGUCAUCUCCUUGGCCCACAUGGACAGUCUUCGGAGAGAGAGCAGAGCCUGUGUCCCUGGGGAAGUCCCCCACUUCCUGGGCAUCAGAGAGCAGAGGCUGACAGGCCUGGUGGUGUUCAUCCUCACAGGCAUCUCCAUCUUCUUGGCACCAGUGCUCAAGUUCAUCCCAAUGCCUGUGCUCUAUGGCAUCUUCCUGUACAUGGGGGUAACAGCACUUAGCAGCAUCCAGUUCAUGAAGAGAGUGCAGCUACUGUUGAUGCCAGCAAAACACCAGCCAGACCUGCUACUCUUGAGGCAUGUGCGUCUGAGCAGAGUCCACCUCUUCACAGCCAUCCAGCUUGCUUGUCUGGGUCUACUUUGGAUAAUCAAGUCCACCCCUGCAGCCAUCAUCUUCCCCCUCAUGUUACUAGGCCUGGUGGGAGUCCGAAAGGCAAUGGAGUGGGUCUUUUCACCACAGGAACUCCUCUGGCUGGAUGAGCUCAUGCCAGAGGAGGAGAGGAACAUCCACGAGAAGGGGCUGGAGCCAGAGCACUUGUUCAGUGGGAGUGACAGUGAAGAUUCAGAGCUGAUGUAUCAGCCAAAGGCUCCAGAAAUUAACAUCUCUGUGAAUUAGCUGGAGUAGGAGUCUCAGAGUGUAGACCCCUGUCAGCUGAACAUGAGGUGUUUUAUUCAGGAAGUCAAGACAUUGAUGGCCUUUGGCUUUCACUGCUAAAUGCUGUUGGCUGGGGAUCUGGAAUAAUGAUGCACCUCUCAAGGGCAGCUGGCCAAGACCUCAGUUACCUUUUGAGCUGGAGGUAGAAUGUAGCAGGAAGCUACUGGUAUAUGCUACUUAAGAUAGGAAAAUGAGCCAGAGGGACCAGCCAGGUGCCAUGUGCUUUCUACAGUCUCUACACAUUAAAGGAACCUGAACACAGAAGUCCUGCUCAUUUUAACUGCUGGCCCUCAAGUUCUCUUUUAUAGAAUGUUGGGAUCAUCUUUUCUACUUGUAAAAGAGAGGGAAAAAAUUGUGGUGGUUCUCAUCUGUAAUCCCAGUGGGAGGCUGAGGCAGGAGGAUUAUAGUCUACUAUAU